AUGGAGCCGGUAUUUACCAUCUCCCCUGAGGUGAUGGUGAUUCUACUGUUCCAGACUUUGAUUACAGAUCAAGCGAACACAGUCGUCUACAGGAAAGUAGGAGAUGAAGUCGUCCUGAGUCCAGGCUCUGAGGCUUCACCCGUCAGCAGGAUCACAUGGAAACAUAAUUCAAACCUGGCUGUGGUGUGGAAUGAAGGAGGCACGAUCGACUUCUUCUCCAGCUUCAGAGGUCACUGUGAACUGAACACCACAACUGGAGAGUUGAUCAUCCCAGAACUGACACUAAAUGACAGCGGCUCCUACACAGCAGUGAUCAACAACAGAGUCCUGAACACAACUGAAAUCAAGGUUAUCUCUGGCGUCUCUAAACCAACUGUGUCAGAAAACUGUGAUGCUGAAAAGACCCACUGUGUUCUGACCUGUGAAGGCAUCACUACAGACUCUGAACCAGUCACCUACACCUGGUGGUCAGGUGAUGUGGUGAAGAAUAAAACCAAUCAGCUCAUAAUAACAAAGGACGAUACGGAGCCUUCGUUUAUCUGUGAGUUAGAAAACCCAGUCAGCUCUGAACGCAGCAGAGAAGUCCUCAACCCUUUCACCUCCUCCUCCUCUUCCCCUCAUCCCACUUCCUCCACCUCCAUCCCCGAGAAUAACAGUAACGGUCUCUAUCGGUUUUUCCUGUCACUGGGUCUGGAUCCAGGUCUGGGUCUGGGUCUUAGUGUGGUUCUGGUUCUGGCGGCCGUUGGUGUUGUUAUUGCUGGUGUCUUCAUUUACAAAUGCAGAACAGUUUAG